GCGCUGUCUAGGGUUUAAGAAAGCUUUAGAACCACAAGCAGCUUCGUGAGACCCAAAUUUUGACAAUCAGCAAUGGUCGGCUUUUGGGGAAUUGAAGUAAAACCAGGGAAACAGUACCCUAUUGAAUUUCCAGAAGAGGAGGAUGCAAGGCUUAGAAUUACUCAGGCGACUUUAGGCCUUGGUGAUUCAAAGGGGAGGAGCAUAGUUCAGUGCUCCGUUGGAGAUAAGAGUCCUGUCUUUUUGUGUUCUUUGUUACCUAAGAGGAAUGAAUCGUGUCCCUUGAAUCUUGAGUUUGAGAAUGAUGAGGAGCCGGUGACCUUUUCAGUGAUUGGCAAGCAAAGCGUCCAUCUCUCUGGUUUCUUUGAGACCUAUGCUGAAGAAGAAGGUGAACCUGUUGGACAAGGAUAUGAGUCUGAUUCGUAUGAGGAGGAGAGUAGCGAGUCUGGGUCGGAGAAUUCUUUAGAUGAUGGUUGUGAUGACAAUGAGGUCGAUGAUAGUGAUCUUGACAUGGACCAGCCUUCACGUGCUACCAAAAGUGGAGUUAUAAUUGAGCAGAUAGAGGAUGAGGAGAAGCCUACUGGAAAGGGUCAGUCUAAACCUCUACUUGUAGGCACUCAAUCAAAUGGCCCUGAGGAGAAUACAAAAGAUGCUGGUGUUCCUGUCUUGGAGAGUGAAGAUGAAGAUGGCUUUCCAAUAUCCACCAAAAACAAAACAAAAUCUGUUAAAUCAGACAUAGACACCAAAAAAGAUAAAGGAACUAAUAACAAGGAGAGAAAAGCAAAAGAUGGUGAGUUUGCUGCAGGAUUAAAAAGGAAGGUUGAAGAUCUUGACAAAGAUCAUCAAGAAAGGCAAAAGAAAAGUAAGAAAAAGCAAAGUACUGGUGAAAAGGAGAAGCAACCUGAGGUCUUGAACGACAAAGAUGAGCAUGGAAAACUGCUUGCAAAUGAGAAGAGCCCCGACAUCAAAAUGGAUUCUGUUCCUACUGAGAAUCCCACAGAGGAGAAAAAGAAGAAGAAGAAGAACAAGAAGAAAUCCCAGGAAACUGAAGAAAAAACUAAUGCUGAUCAAACUGAUGCUAACAUGGGAAACACUAAGGCCAAGCCAUCUAAUGUGAGAACCUAUCCAAAUGGAUUAAUUAUUGAGGAUGUAGCUAUGGGUCGACCGGAUGGCAAAAGAGCUGAUCCAGGAAAGAAGGUCAGUGUUCGCUACAUUGGCAAGCUAAAGAAUGGGAAACAAUUUGACGCAAAUGUAAAAGGACCACCAUUCAAAUUCACAUUAGGUGUAGGACAAGUUAUCUCAGGAUGGGACGUUGGGGUUAAAGGUAUGCGUGUUGGGGAUAAAAGAAGACUUACUGUUCCACCAUCAAUGGGUUAUGGACACAAAGGUGCUCCCCCUCAAAUACCACCAAAUGCAUGGCUCGUGUUUGAUGUCGAGUUGGUUGCUGUUAAUUGAUUCGGCUGCAGUCAUUCUUCCAGUUUUGAAGUUUCUUUGCAUCUAUGAACAUCAUUUGAUGUCAGUUUUGAGAUGUGAUCAUUUGAUGAGGUUAAGAUCUUUUGGUCGUAUUACUAAACCAUAAUUCCAGUGACUUUACCAUUGAAAAUUGAUCCUAUUUUGAAUCUGUCUGUACCGUACGUGCUAAAUCUUACACAUUUCUGGGUGGCGUUAAGCUGUUCUGAGCAAAUAUUCAGUUUGGAUUUGGGUAUGUG